ACAUUAAUUCAUAUUUGUCCGUUCACCGAACGCAGCUGCACGAGAUUGUUUUACACCGAACAAGUCCCAGCGCACAUCUCCUGGAUUAAACAUCUCCGCAGCACAAAGACUGUUGAGUCCCUGAAGACAGUCUGUGACAUGGAAGAUGCACCUUAGCCACGGCAAAAAGAUAGUGUACCACUUGCUCCCCCCCCCCUUCGACUGGAUGACACGAGAUGACACACCGCAGUCCCAGAUCACACCAUGAGUAUCCAGAGCCUCGGGGGAGCUAUAGGAGAGUCCCUGGGCUCUAGCCUGACGGUGCGUAUGAGCAGUGCUUGGAGUGCUUUCUCCCUGAAAUCUGUGUCGUCCGGGCGGAUCUCCUCUCUGUUCCAGACCAUGGUUCCUACUGGCUACACUAAGCUGCAGGAGGAGCGGCUGUCCAUGGUGGACCUAGGAGUCAAACCUGAGGCAAGCUCGCUCCAGAAUGGCUACAGACAAGAGACAUCUCACAUCGAGAGCCGGCGACACCUGGACCGGGCCUCUCGGUCCUCUGUGACCCUAUCUGACUGUGGAGAUGGAGGCUUUUCUGAAACAGAGCCCAUGCUGGCUGAGAGGAGGCUCUCAGGAGAAGAGGCAGACGAGGAGGAAGAGGAGGAGAAGGAAGGACAGGGAUCUGCUAGGCAGAUAAUGCCCAAGGAGUCACCACUGGCUAUGGCACUGCAGAUACUGUUGCCCUUCCUUCUCGCUGGAUUUGGAACUGUAUCAGCCGGGAUGGUGCUGGAUAUUGUGCAGCACUGGGAGGCGUUCCGGUAUAUCACUGAGAUCUUCAUCCUUGUACCUGCUCUACUAGGCCUCAAGGGAAACCUGGAGAUGACUCUGGCCUCCAGGCUGUCCACAGCGGUGAAUGUGGGCAAGAUGGAUUCUCCAAUAGAGAAGUGGAACCUAAUCAUAGGGAACCUGGCACUGAAACAGGUUCAGGCCACUGUGGUGGGUUUCCUGGCAGCUGUAGCAGCUGUUGUUCUUGGUUGGAUCCCAGAGGGAAAGUUUCAGAUGAGUCAUGCUGUACUGCUGUGCUCUAGCAGCGUGGCUACAGCCUUCAUCGCGUCCAUGCUGCAGGGUUUCAUCAUGGUGGGUGUGAUUGUGGGUUCCAAAAAGACGGGCAUCAACCCAGACAAUGUAGCCACACCCAUUGCUGCCAGUUUUGGCGAUCUCAUAACCUUGGCGAUCCUGGCCUGGAUAAGUCAGGGCCUCUACAAGUGUCUGGAUUCCUAUCCGUACGUGUCGUCACUUGUCUGCGCCUUCUUCAUGUGUCUCACUCCUCUGUGGAUCGUCAUCUCCUCCAAGCACCCAGCCAGCCGCACCCUGCUUCACUCCGGAUGGGAGCCAGUCAUCACUGCCAUGGUCAUCAGCAGCAUUGGAGGUCUCAUCCUGGACAAAACAGUAUCUGACCCAAAUUUGGCUGGCAUCGUGGUGUACACCCCGGUCAUCAACGGCAUCGGGGGUAACCUGGUGGCAAUUCAGUCCAGCAGGAUCUCCACCCACCUGCAUUUCCAUUAUGCCCCUGGUGAGGUUCCUGAAGAGGCCAAGGGUUGCUACUAUCCCUGCCGAACAUUUUGGGGAACAGGAGCCAAUCACAGGUCCGCCCAAGUGCUCGUUCUCUUGGUGAUUCCCGGUCACCUAAUCUUCCUCUACACGAUCCACCUGAUGAAGAGCGGCCACACAACUCUGACACCCAUCUUUAUGUCUGUCUACCUGGCUGCUGCUAUGCUGCAGGUGUUGCUGUUGUUGUGUAUUUCAGACUGGAUGGUCCAUUCAAUGUGGCGGAAUGGCAAAGACCCGGACAGUUUUUCCAUCCCUUACCUGACCGCUCUGGGUGACCUGUUGGGAACCGCCCUGCUGGCUCUCAGCUUCCACUUCCUGUGGCUCAUAGGAGACCAGGAUAGCGACGUGGGCGACUGAGGCAACGGCGAAAUGACGGGAACCCCACCACCUGCCAGCUGACCUCUCAUGCCUUUUAAGCCUUGUGGGAAUGUGGGUGCUCUCUGUCACUUGCCAGCAAACUCCUCCGCUUCCCACAAUGAAUGAAACUUCACUUAAACCACACAAUGGUUCAGAAACUAUUUACUGGUCUUGGCUUUUUUUAUUUUCUACACACUAAAGACGUUAAAUUUCAUAAGUAUUGACUGUUUUCUGUAGCAAUUCAGAUGUCAUUUGCACCAAAGCACAUGCAAAUUAUAUUGCUGGUUUUGUUUAGAGGACCAGGCAAACACCAGCUGAGGCAACCCAGUUGAUGUGCAAGUAUAAGCCAGAGGUCUUUUCUAAAAAUAUUUGGAUGGACUAUCACAAUGUCACAAUGUGUGGAUUAAAGUCUGUUCUUAUUUAUUUGCAAAGGUUUUCUCCCACAUUUUGAACCUGCCUCUGAGGACCAUCAAGUAAAAUGACUUAAUAUCAGUUUCAAUCUAGUAAAUCGUGUUUACAUGGGAACAACUACUGAAUAAAAUCGACUUAAUGAUUCAAAAAAAACUAGGGAAAUCUCAUUAAGUUGAAGUUAAAAAGAACCAGAUGGCAGCCAGUGGUUGCGAAUUAGCUAAAAGUCACCCUCAAUAAAACAAAGAUUGUCCAGUCAUAUCUUAGCAGCUGUAGUUAGGUGUCUGUGGGGUGACGUUAAAGAGGAUGUUAACAAAAGCCUUUGCACAUCUCCACGUCGAAAUUGUAGUCACUCUGAAAGCCAGUUAUGGAAGAUUUGAUUUAAAGAUGUUUACAUUCCAUAUAGUUCUAUCUUCCCAAAAACCCUUUCUCCACAGACAGCUAUACAAGCUUCCGAACAAGGUUUACGAUAAAUAUUAAGGGGAUGAGGUCUUGGUGAUCCAAGAACAAAUCAAUAACUCAAUUGAUCAAUCAAUCAUUCAGAGACCUGUGCGUUAUGUUUGUCUUUUACAGUGUUUAUUCUUAACAUUCUCAGCUUCCUGUCAUACUCUGUAAAUGUUAACACACCUGUCUGACUCAUGUAAAACAUGUUUCGUACACAACUCACAUGCUAUUAAAAUGUGUGUAAUGUCUACAUGUAUUUACACAAGUAAUUAAGAGAUUUUAGUCUGUUGAAUCUAAUUUCUAUUUAUAACAGCUUAAUGUUAUACACAUAAGCUGAUUAAACAACACAAUUCAGAUUGAGGUUUAUUUCAGAAUUUGAUCUGGAUGAAGCAGUCUGAUUAUUCAGUUACUCCCUUAAGCUACAGGAAGAAUGACCUCAUUAAUCUUCUGACUUGAAAAUAAACUCUUAAAAUCAAA